CCACGGCACCUCGUUCGAUUCCUCUUCCACGAUUUAGAAAAAGCGUGGAGCUCGCGCUGGGCAUUGAAUGAUAGCUAUUUUUUGAGUUUAACCAUCGUUUUAGCGGACAUGGCAAAUUAUGGAUAUGGCUAUGGAAAUUAUACUUCGCAACCGCAGCAAUACUCAACUGGAACUUAUGUGUCACAAAAUGCCUCCUAUGGAUAUUCUGCGCAGCAACCUGCAGCCUCAAGAGUAGUUCAGGGUUAUCAACCCGCAGGCAAUACAGGAUAUAGUGCAGGAUAUGCCCAACAACCUCAAGUUCAAUCAGCAGGAAGUGGUGGUUAUGGGUAUUUUCAAAGAGCCUCUGAUCAAAACACUGCAUAUGUUGCCACACAAAAAUCACAAGCAUAUGGUUAUGCAAAUACUGCUGCUGUAAAGCCAUCCUAUGUAGGUGGAACGACAGUCUACCAAAAACCACAAACAUAUGUUGCAGCAGCUCCAGCAAGCUCAACAUUUACUGGCUACACAGUUCAGAGAUCUAACACAGGAGGACCUUCGUAUAACAACACCUCAUCAUAUCAAAAGCCAAAACCUACUUCAACUGCUCAAAAGGGACCAAGUAGUUCUCACCAAAAUGCUUAUGAAAAAGUGGUUUACAAUGCAGCCACUUCAUUUUUAACACAACAAGCUCAGUCGUCAAAGCCUCCAUGGCAGAAAAAUGAGAAACCAACAUUUAAAUUGCAGAAUCAGAAAUCGGGUUGGCCUCAACGAUCGAGUGGUCCCCCAAAGCCACAGCAACUCCACUACUGUGAUGUUUGCAAAAUCAGUUGUGCAGGUCCCCAGACAUACAAAGAGCAUUUGGAAGGUCAAAAGCAUAAAAAGAAAGCAGCAUCUUCUACAAGCGAUAUCAAGAAUUUACCACCUGGUACAUACAAAUGCGAGCUUUGUGAUGUCAUAUGCACUGGGAAGGAUGCAUUCAGUGCCCAUGUAAAGGGAGCAAGUCAUAUGAAGACAUUGAAAUUACAUCAGAAACUCGGAAAACCCAUUCCGGAUAUUAAAGUGCCUGAAGAUGCAACACCUGCUGCAAAAAAGGUUGUCAAGACAACAGCUCCAAAAAUCAAUUUUGUUGGUGGAACCAAGCUCACAUCAACUGGUGGUGAAGAAAAAAUUGAAACUUCAGAAGAAAGUCAAAAUGAAAUACCUGUAGAGGGUGAACCUGUAGGUGAAACUUAUGUAGAAGACAUUAAAAGUGAUGUUGGAAAAAUCAUAGGCUUUAAGUGUACCUUGUGUGAUUGUCGGUUUAACGAUUUGGUUGCAAGAAAUGCACAUAUCAAAGGCAGAAGACACAGACUAAACUAUAAAAAAAAAGUGGAUCCUAAGCUUGUGGUUGAUAUGAAGGCAAGUCGUAGUGGAACUGGACGAAUGAUUAGAUCGGGUAGCUUGGAAGACAGGUCAAAAAAUACUCGCCAGGAAAUGGUGUGGAAACAACGGCAGCAACAACAAAUGAGGUGGGAGCAAGAAUUGCGGUUACGAGAGGAGGAGUUGAGAAGAUGGGAACAUGAAGAGUUCAUGAGAAGAGCUAGUGAGGAUAGGUAUUGGACCAGACCAGAUCGUCACCGAAUGCACGAGCUGGAAUAUUAUGAGUGGGAAAGGAAAGAGAAGUUUAAUGACUCACAAAACAUGUUUGGACCACCACAAGGGCCUCCUCCUCCCACUCCAGAUGAUCGACUUAUCAUGAGUAAACAUGCUGAGAUAUAUCCUACUGAAGUAGAGCUGAAACAAGUCCAGAAUAUUGUUGCAACUGCAGAAAAGGCGUUAAAACUUGUAUCUGACGCACUUGAAGAAGAAGGGAACAAGACUGGAGAUAGUGCAGUAAAAAUUGAAAGCAUAGAGAAAAAAAUUGAGCCCUUGAUAAAAGAUAAAGAUAGUUCUACUCGUUUGUUAAAAGGCGUUAUGAGGGUUGGUGCCCUUGCUAAAGGGCUGCUUCUUCGUCGGCAGCUCAAUGUUGAUUUAGUUGUUUUAUGUGCAGAGAGACCCACAUACACUUUACUAAAAAAUGUUGCCAGACUUGUCCCAGAGAAAUUAAAGAUUGCUGGACCAGAUGAAAAAUACAAUAUGUCCGUCAGUACUGCAGAAUGUGCCCUUCUUAUUUCUUCCACCACUGAGCCUAAAUGUCAGAUUAAAGUUGUUUUGACGUCCCCAACAAUACGGGAGGAGGAAGAGGCAGCCUCUAAAGAUGGCAGUAAGCCUCCAGAAGCAGCUGCUAAAACAGAACUAGUAGUAAAACAAGAGCCGGUUGAUCCGAAAGAUGCUUUGGACAAAGAGAAAGCUCUCCAAGCUUUAGCUGCCUUGCGGCAUGCUAAGUGGUUUCAGGCUCGUGCCAAUCACUUAUCGUCGUGCGUUAUCACGAUCCGCAUUAUGCGGGACAUGUGCCAACGCGUUGCUGCAUUCAAGCCAUUGAACAAUUGGGCAGUAGAACUUUUAUGUGAAAAAGCCUUGGCUAGCAGCUUUCAACCACUUGGUCCUGGUGAAGCCUUUCGACGGGUAUUGGAGACGAUUGCCUCUGGAAUUCUUUUACCAGGUGGGCGAGGGUUAUUGGAUCCAUGCGAGAAAGAAAAGUUUGACGCGAGCGGUUAUCUGACUGUGCAAGAAAGGGAAGAUGUCACGGCGGCCGCACAGCAAGCCCUUCGCCUGCAAGCUUUCAGGCAGCUUCACAAGAUUCUUGGUGUGGAACCGUUAAAACCGAUGUCGAAGCUAAAGCGUCCGGCUGACUCUUCGCCAGGCGAAGAAGGUGAAAAUAAAGUGGCGAAGAAAGAUUAAAAAGCUUUCGAGAUAUAUUUAAUUCGUGAAGAAACACUGAAUCAAUAGAAGCCUCGUUUCCAAGGCGAAGAAAGUAGUUUGUUAGAAAACUCAACUACGUUCCCUUCGAGAAAUUGAAGAUUCGUAUAAUUAAAGAUAUUUUGUUGAGACUUGUGUUGUUGUAGACAAGCGUUGUCAGUACGUUGUGCAAGAUGUCACAACUGAUGAGUAAUUAGCUUAUCUGUUCAACGUGUACAUAUUUAAGAAAAAUAUUCAAACA